AGAGAGGUUCAGGUCACGAUUUUUAUCUCUCAACGUGAGGGAAUCCAAGACAGUCUUGGUCUCUUGGAUUGUGGAUUCCACGCCGUCGCUUCCGGGUCCAAGUACUACCCUGCGAGUAAGCUCUCCGGGGCGCUCUUGCUGCGGGGCGGGAAAAGGAAGGAGGGCUCGCAAAUGCGUCUCUGGAAUUUGAAUUUCACCUCUAAUGCUCCUGUGGCUCCCCGUCGACUGAGCAAACACUACCAAGGGUAAUGACGUCAUUACUAAUGUCAUCUCCGCCAAUCAGCAUUUUGUACCGACAUUUUCGGUGCAUAUCGAUAUUCAAAUUCCAGAACCGUAGUUGCAAGCUCUCCUUCCGUUUCCCGCCUCGCCGCCAGAGCGUCUCGGAGAGCUUGCUCGCAGGCUAUCCUGGUACUGGAUUCCUGUCUUUGUCAAUAGACUGUUGUUGAAUGAGAAUUCCUCUAUGAUGCGAUCCAAAUAUGGAUAACGACGUUGGUACAUACCCACCAACUCCCACCCAAGCACCAACAACUGGGCAGGUCACGCAUAAAGAUGAGAAGAAAGGUUCACCAAGAUUUUUAAUUAACCUUCACUAUUUUUUCUAUAGAACGCGUGUGCACGCAACUGGCCAAAAAAUAGAAAUAUACUAUGCAUAAGGGGCAGAUGCUUUAAACAAGGUGUGGAUCUCGACGGAAACUUUGGCUAUGCCUGGGGUUGUAAGUACAUGAUUUGUUGCUGUUAAUGCAAGCUAGAAGAAUAAAGUUGACGGUAUAAAACAGAAAGAAUUCCUUGCUAUUUCGUGAACGUCAACAAAAGUGCGAACCUUUGCGAACCACGGGGAUCGAAGCUAAGUUGUUUUCCUCAGGCUGUGUAGCAGACGACUAAAGGUGACAAAGUUAUCCGCUCUUUUCUAACAGCUGAUAUAAACUCAUCGCACCCAGAGACACAGGAACCUAAGAGUAACAUUUACAGAGGGAAUCAUGCGUUUUCUGAACCUGAGACAAGAAAUUUCCGGGGCUACUUGCAAAGACUUGGUGGCAGUUGAAAGGCUUUCUUGACUGCCAAGAUCGUGGAAGGCGAAAAUGGCAGAUGCCAUGGAGAUACACUUUUACCAGCAGCCCGGACCACGAUAUACAGGUACAACUAAACUUUAACCCUCUUCAGAUCAGACAAGGGGACUUUUGAGCACCCAAGCUCCCCCCCCCGUCCCCCACGAAAAAGUUGAAUAUAUAAAAUAAUUCAAAAUGAUGGAUUCAAGAUGGCGUACUGUUCCAGUUCCUUAUUUAAUGUUUUUAUAAAUGACGUGACUGUUAUUGUUGAAGAUUAUUUUAUAUGUUAGGCAACUUCUAAAUUUUAUCAGACACCUUACCUUUUGACUUUUAUUCUGUUUAUUGCUACUUUGAGGGAAAUGUGGAUUUUGCCAAUAAUUUCAACAAUAUGACGUCAUAAUGACGGCAAUUACGUGAUUAUAUCAAUCAGAUUUUUGCCUAAAGGCACUCCCUAUAACGGCCCAUACGGAAAAGCUCUGACCAAAAGGAGUACCUUUUUCCAGGCUUCAGGUAUAUUGAAGGGUAAGGAUUUCACCACUGCAGAUGAAGUACAUGAAAGCACAGGGAAAUCUGUCCUUGCGGUCUGUAAACGGACCUAAAAAGGGCUAACAGACGCAUUUCAAUGCUGUGAAAAAGAUAACAAAAAGACUUUCUGACUUAGUGAUUCCUUCAGAAUUAAAAAACGGUGCAUUUUCAGCAGUUUAAGCUGGGAUGCGGCGCUCUAAAAUUGUAUUUUAAAGGAGUACCAUUUGUCAAUAAAAUGUAUACGAAAGGGGCACAAUUUCUCUCAAAAAUGGUGUAUAAAAGGAUAAGGGGUUUGACCUUGGGGCGGAGCCUUCCCUUAUAAAAUUUUGUUGAGCACUGCCCUCACGAGGGUUUCCAAGUUUAUCUCUUUUCUUCGUUGAUUUAUCAUUAAUAAUAACUCCGCGAAAUUCCCUCGGGCCUUUUCAUAUAUUCUAUUCACAGAAGAAAGCUGGUUUAGAGGCUGCCAAAGCUAUUUAUAAAGUGGGUUACCGUCAUGCAUAUCAGAGUUGUUGUCAAGCAAGUUACCGCGAUGGAGGUACAGUGUACUCCUUUACAUCAUAAGCUACUUCAGUUAAAUAUAUACUUUAACAAUUAAAGCCGAGGGUUUAAAGGCUUCAAUACAGCCAUCCUAUUUAUUUCGUUAACCGUCAUUGGCAAAUUUUGACUAGGGGUCGGUCAUGACAGUCAAUUACCGCAAAAACAAAAACAAACAAACAAAAACAAAACGAAACCAAAAAAGAUAGAAAAACUGGCAGCGUAGUGAUUUACUUUUGCAUGGUAAAAAAACUAGUCCUUGAUAAUUUGAAUAUACAUAGCUGAAGAGUGUGUACUAUAAAAACUCGUGUGAAAAAUUGCCCACUUUCACCCAUUAAAACGCAAAAAUGCACGGAAGACACCUACGCACAGUACACCCAUCAACGGCACCGUUAUACCUGACAACAAAUAUAGCAUGAAAGCAAAGCAAAUGUCUUUUUCGACAAUACCUAUGCAUUUAAUUUACAAAAACACUUGAAACGAGCUAAUUUAGAGGGAUUUCUAAUGACAGCCUCGUUUUCAUGUAGGCCAUUUUAUGGUCUGCGCACUACUCGUGUCGAGAGGAGAAUUCGGGCUGGCUCCAUAUCCAAAAGUGUUAGUCUUAGGGUUGGUUUUAAUCUGACAGAGUUUCAUACUUUUGGCAUUUUUUUAAUUUUGGUCGUUCACUAAAAUCUGCCGAAAGAAGUUCCCUCUACGCUUUUUUACUAUUUUUUAGCUUUGUGGUACGCUUAACUGGUAAAAAACUCGUUUCUAUUUGGUCAGCCUAUAUAUAUGCGAUCUUUUUAACAUAGUACAUUAUGGCAUCUAUAAUAUCUUGGCCAAGAUUCAAAAGUUUUGGAAAACUGUCGAUGACUUCCCCCGGCCGAAUAUGCCUGAAGACUUAAGGUGUUGAAAGUGACCACAGGCGGCUCAAACUCACGUUGCGAGAAAAGGUUGUAAUGUAAUUUACAUAACAUAGGUGACGCGCCGGUGUCGCGUUACAGGCGACCGUUGAAAAUGUAAGAGACGUGAGUUUGGGCGGCCUGUGAAGUGAUUCGAUGAUUUAACGCCGAACCGAACCGUUACGGAAAAUUCAAGAACUUUCGAAGUUCCACGAGAUUACCAUGCACUUGUACCUCGACUAUCGACAUGCAUAAAAUUUUUUUAUACCUUUCAGGUCCAGCAGGUGGAGGAAGUGUUGACUGGGUGUACGGUCAGCUCGGUGUGAAAUAUUCCCACGCUGUGUCCAUGGGGGAUCAGACUGGAAGGGGGAGCAGUUUGUCUACUUUGAAAAAGGAUUGCUCGAAGGCCAAGGCAUUUGUUAAAGCAAUGCCAUUGUAA